CAAAAGAAACAAGUCAUGGAGAAGAAUGGGAAUAACCGAAAGCUUCGGGUUUGUGUUGCGACUUGCAACCGUGCCGAUUAUUCGAAACUUGCCCCGAUCAUGUUUGGCAUUAAAAUGGAACCUGAGUUCUUUGAACUUGAUGUGGUGGUACUUGGCUCUCACCUGAUAGAUGAUUAUGGGAACACGUAUCGCAUGAUUGAACAAGAUGACUUUGACAUUAACACCAGGCUACACACGAUUGUUAGGGGGGAAGAUGAGGCAGCCAUGGUGGAGUCAGUAGGCCUGGCCCUAGUGAAGCUACCAGAUGUCCUUAAUCGUUUGAAGCCUGAUAUCAUGAUUGUUCAUGGAGACAGAUUUGAUGCCCUGGCUCUGGCUACUUCUGCUGCCUUGAUGAAUAUCCGAAUCCUUCAUAUUGAAGGGGGAGAAGUCAGUGGGACCAUUGACGAUUCUAUCAGACAUGCCAUAACAAAACUGGCUCAUUAUCAUGUGUGUUGCACCCGAAGUGCAGAGCAGCACCUGAUAUCCAUGUGUGAGGACCAUGAUCGCAUCCUUCUGGCAGGCUGCCCUUCCUAUGACAAACUUCUCUCUGCCAAGAACAAAGACUACAUGAGCAUCAUUCGGAUGUGGUUAGGUGAUGAUGUAAAAUCUAAAGAUUACAUUGUUGCGCUACAGCACCCUGUGACCACUGACAUUAAGCAUUCCAUAAAAAUGUUUGAAUUAACAUUGGAUGCGCUUAUCUCAUUUAACAAGCGGACCCUAGUUCUGUUUCCAAACAUAGAUGCAGGGAGCAAAGAGAUGGUUCGAGUGAUGCGGAAGAAGGGCAUUGAGCAUCAUCCCAACUUCCGUGCAGUUAAACACGUCCCAUUUGACCAGUUUAUACAGCUGGUUGCCCAUGCUGGUUGUAUGAUUGGGAACAGCAGCUGUGGAGUACGAGAGGUUGGAGCUUUUGGAACACCUGUGAUUAAUCUUGGAACACGUCAGAUUGGAAGAGAAACAGGGGAGAAUGUCCUUCAUGUCCGGGAUGCUGAUACCCAAGACAAAAUACUACAGGCACUGCAUCUUCAGUUUGGCAAACAGUACCCUUGUUCAAAGAUAUAUGGGGAUGGAAAUGCUGUUCCAAGGAUUUUGAAGUUUCUCAAAUCUAUUGAUCUUCAAGAGCCACUGCAAAAGAAAUUCUGCUUUCCUCCUGUGAAGGAGAAUAUCUCUCAAGAUAUUGACCAUAUUCUUGAAACUCUAAGUGCCUUGGCUGUUGAUCUCGGUGGGACAAACCUCCGAGUUGCAAUAGUCAGCAUGAAGGGUGAAAUUGUCAAGAAGUAUACUCAGUUCAAUCCUAAAACCUAUGAAGAGAGGAUUAAUUUAAUCCUACAGAUGUGUGUUGAAGCUGCAGCAGAAGCUGUAAAACUGAACUGCAGAAUUUUGGGAGUAGGUAUUUCCACGGGUGGCCGGGUAAAUCCUCGGGAAGGAAUUGUGCUGCAUUCAACUAAACUGAUUCAAGAAUGGAACUCUGUGGACCUCAGGACCCCCCUGUCUGACACCUUACAUCUCCCUGUGUGGGUGGACAAUGAUGGCAAUUGUGCUGCCCUGGCGGAAAGGAAAUUUGGCCAAGGAAAGGGCCUGGAAAACUUUGUGACACUUAUCACAGGUACAGGAAUUGGCGGGGGUAUCAUCCAUCAGCACGAAUUGAUCCAUGGAAGCUCCUUCUGUGCUGCAGAACUUGGCCACCUUGUUGUGUCUCUGGAUGGGCCUGAUUGUUCCUGUGGAAGUCAUGGGUGUAUUGAAGCAUAUGCCUCUGGAAUGGCCUUGCAGAGGGAAGCAAAAAAGCUACAUGAUGAAGACCUGCUCUUGGUGGAAGGGAUGUCAGUGCCAAAAGACGAGGCUGUGAGUGCAGUCCAUCUCAUCCAAGCCGCAAAACUUGGCAACGUGAAGGCCCAGAGCAUCUUGAGAACAGCUGGAACGGCUUUGGGUCUUGGGGUUGUGAACAUCCUCCACACUAUAAAUCCUUCCCUUGUGAUCCUCUCUGGAGUCCUAGCCAGUCACUACAUCCACAUCGUCAAAGAUGUCAUCCGCCAGCAAGCCUUGUCCUCGGUUCAGGAUGUGGACGUGGUAGUUUCGGAUUUGGUGGAUCCCGCCCUGCUCGGUGCCGCCAGCAUGGUUUUGGACUACACAACUCGCAGGAUCUGCUAG